CACCAACGCUUCAGAACCGUCACGAAUACGUACGGAUUCAGACGCUCUCUUGGCACUCCGAGAACAGCGAAGCAGUAGAGAGUAUAAUAUAAACGUCGAACGUGUUUCGAUCGUGCAUUCGAUUCAAUCGAUUGCGAGACAUUUAUAUACGAAGAGCAUCGUGGAUUUCUCUGGAGGAGGCUUGAUCGGAUCGUCAAUCGGUGAUUCGGCCCGGAUCAACGGGAGGACCAUCCACACGGAGGAUCCACUCUCACUGGACUCAGUUACCUCUUGUUUUGUGACCAGUGACAUUAAAUAAAGUGUGAUCGUCAUGUCACCGCACACGAGCUACACGCCGGUCAGCGGCAUGGAGUACGAGGAGCCGGUGUCGCGCACCUAUCAGUACCGCAAGGUGAUGAAGCCGAUGCUGGAGCGCAAGCGACGUGCCCGCAUCAAUCGUUGCUUGGACGAGCUGAAGGACCUGAUGGUGACCGCGCUGCAGGCCGAGGGCGAAAACGUGGCGAAGCUGGAGAAGGCGGAUAUCCUCGAGCUGACGGUACGUCACCUUCACACGCUACGCGCCGCCAGGAGGCUCACGCUCACGCCGGAGAACAGCUACGCCGACCGGUUCCGCGACGGUUUCACCCAGUGCGCCCAGGAGGUGUCGACCUUCCUGUCGACGCCGGUUGCCGCGGCGGUACAUCCCGCCGCGGGUGCUCAGCUCAUGCGACACCUCGGCGGCUGCCUUCGACGACUCGAGAGUCCGGCUGGCGCCAAGCACGCGCCGCCGACGGCAACCGCGGCUGCGACGAAGACGACUCAGGCGCCGGCGAGCCAGACGAACGUGCCCCAGAACGUGUACACGCCGCCGCAGAGCCCUGUCAGUGUCGCGAGCUCCUCCGGGGAGUCCUCGGAGUCUUCCAACGCGGUCUGGAGACCCUGGUGAUGAAGCAGUCGCGCAGCAACGACACUAUCCUGAGAUCUCCGGGGCGGACGUUUGGAGCAAUGGACAAUCCAAUAACGAAGAGCCCUCCCGCUGAAUGGCGCCACGAGGAGGAAAACGACGAAUCGCGCUGUCUUCCAAAUAAAACUUUUGCGAGGCCUCGUUGAGGAUUCUUUGAGAACUUUACUUUUUUUUUGUACGCGGUUUAUACUCGGUCGCAUUGUACAUAGGUGAUUAAAGCUUUAAGUGACGUCUGUGAUAGGGUUCCAUUUUGUACCUGAGAUGACUAUUUUCUCGUAAAGCAUAGCGACUAUUAUAUAGAUGUUAACUUGUUAUGUUUAAGAACCAUUUUCGACGUAAUGCCGUCCGGCGUCUUUGUUGAGAUCGUCGGACAGUAUCAUCUUCAUCAUCAUCAUCAAUAAACGUCUUGUUUCAAUGAUAAACGAUAUCGAAUCACCACCCACAAUAUAUUCCGCAGCCUCCUCUCCUUUAUUAAUCUUCUUGUGACGACGGAAGAAU